AUGGCGGACUCUCGCGAACCUCAGUAUGAUCCUUAUAUCCCAAGCGGAGGAGCCGCCGGCGGAGCUGGUGCGCAACAAGCUCCAGGAAACCAGAGAACAGCAGCACUUCAAGCACAAAUCGAUGAUACCGUCGGUGUCAUGCGCGAGAAUAUCAACAAGGUGUCGCAACGUGGUGAACGACUCGAUUCCCUACAGGACAAGACAGACAACCUCGCUGUAUCAGCGCAAGGAUUCCGUCGCGGUGCCAACAGAGUUCGAAAGCAAAUGUGGUGGAAGGACAUGAAAAUGCGAAUGUGCCUGAUCGCGGGUGUCGUUAUUUUGCUGAUUGUCAUCAUCGUCCCAGCUGUGGUUGCAACACGAAAAUAG